AUGUCAACGGCCGAUGCUAGCACGGACACUGUUCCGAUUGAGGCGGGCCCAAUUGAAGAGACCAAGGUCGCUGACCCUGAAGUCGUUGAUUGGGAUGGACCAGAGGACCCCGAGAAUCCUCAUAACUGGCCAAGCCGUAAGCGGUGGGCGCACGUUGUCGUUAUUGCAAUUAUCUGCCUAGUUAUGAACAUUGCACCUACCAUGUGCGCUCCGAGCAUCAAUCUACUUGUUGCCGAGUUCAAUAUCCGCUCAUUCGUGGUCAGCACCUUUGCGGUGACACUCUACCUUCUUGGCCUCUCAGUAGGCCCCAUGUUCAUCUCCCCGUUGAGUGAAGUGUACGGCCGCUUGCCCGUCUACCAUAUCUCCAAUGUAGUUUUUGUCGCCUUUGUCGUUGGCAAUGCGUUGAGCAAGAAUAUUGGCCAGUUUCUCGCUUUUCGUUUCCUCUCUGGAUGUGCGGGAGGUACCCCCAUGGCUCUUGGUGGGGGUAGCAUCGCGGAUGUAACUCCUAUCCAACGCAGAGCAAUUGCCAUGGCCUUGUUCAGUCUUGGGCCACUGACUGGACCAGUUCUGGGACCUGUUAUCGGUGGCUUUAUCGCUGCUGGCAAGGGCUGGCGCUGGAUCUUUUGGAUCCUGGCGAUCAUAGGGGCUGCCGCCACGAUUACUGGAUUCGUCAUUCUUCGUGAGACACACCCCGGAAUUAUUCUCGAACGCAAAGCCACUCGUCUUCGCGAGUCUACAGGCAACCCACAUCUUCGAUCAAAGCUUGCCCGUUCCCAGUCACCACGCCAGCUCCUUGCUGCCGCUCUUAUUCGGCCCACCAGGCUUCUGAUUCGCUCGCCAAUUUUACUGAUUAUCUCUCUCUAUGUGGCUCUUGUUUUUGGCCUCAUGUACCUGCUCUUCACAACCUUCACCGACGUCUUUGAAGGCGAGUAUGGCUUCACAACAUCCACCUCUGGCCUAGUCUAUCUUGGACUUGGAGUCGCCCUGGUUAUCUGUAUGCUCCUCUUUGGCGCUCUCAACGAGCGAGUGCAAGCUGCGUGCCUAAAAGCAGAUGGUGCUACACAGCCCCGGCCUGAGUAUCGUCUCGUUCUCAUGAUCUUCUUCAGUCCCUUGGUUGGUGUAGGCCUGUUCAUCUACGGCUGGACAGUACAGUAUAGAGUUCAUUGGAUUGUUCCCAUCAUCGGCACUAUGGUGAUGGGAUUUGGAGCCUUCUUCGUUCUCAUGCCUGCCCAGCUAUACCUGGUCGACUUGUUUGGCUCUGAGGCUGCCGCUUCAGCCCUUGGAGCCAAUAAUCUUAUGCGUUAUCUGUCAAGUACGUUUUUGCCACUAGCCGGACCUAAGAUGUAUAAGACUUUGCACUACGGCUGGGGUAACACACUACUUGGCUUUCUUGCCCUUGCUUUUGUCCCAGCUCCGAUCCUUUUCUACAAAUACGGCGAAUGGCUCCGUGCUAAAAAUGUCGUCAAAUUGUAA